GGUGCCGAACGUUUUGCGAGUGUUGUUGAUUUGGAAGUGCAGUGGGCGUCAGAGACUGCGAUAGCGGCAGUUGAGAGGUGUGGAGGUCGGAUACGUACGGCAUACUAUGAUAUUAACUCACUGGAGGCUGCUGUGAAUCCGCAAAAAUGGUUCCUUUCGGGGAAACCGAUUCCACGUCGCUUGGCGCCACCGGAAAGUUUGCUGGAUUACUACACAGAUCCACGAAAUCGGGGAUAUCUGGCCGAUGAGAUGGAAAUCCGACAAGAGGAAAUCAAUUUAGGACAGUUAAUGGGAUACAAUCGUGAAGAGGCGAAAGACCAUGAAUGGGAACGGAAGAAACCAGAUCAAGUGUUCGUUGGACUGGAAUGUGGCUCGUUGGUGAGCAUGGCAGAUCGAAAAGUAUUCCUGCCAACGAAUCCGGUUCUGAGACGAUAUUACGGCUUGGAUAAAGAGAACGACAAAGACAUAUUAGCUGAUCAUCAGUAUGCAUGA